AUGAAGCGGGAAAGAGAUGAAGAAAGUGAAGAUGAGGUCUUUGAAAGAAGACGAAAAGUUCACCGACAAGAAAAGACCUCUAAAGAUGAAAUUGAGGAUCUUUUUGCCCAUUCUUCAGAAUCUGCUGGAGAAAGAUCUGAAGAAGAAGUAGAAGAUGGACAGUGGGGAUUGGGUGGAGCAGUGCGAGCUGGUGUUCUUUUAGAGAUAUUUGGUGAUGGGACUGAUUAUGUUAAGGUUUUAGAAAGUUUAUCUUUAGUUAAUUCUUCUGGACUUACUAAAUUAGAUAAGACUGAUAGUUUAGAUAGAGUUAGUAGUAGUUUUGGAUUAGAUAAGAGUUUAGAUAAGGAGGGGAGUAGUAAAACUCUAGAUAAGAAUUUAGUAGUUGAAGCUGUUCAAAGACUAGUAGAGAUGGGAUGUAUUCUAGGUGAGACUGAAUUAGAAGAGUUUGUGACUAGUUUAGUUGCUGGUGAGAAUAGAGUAGAAGCUUUAGCUAAGGUUUAUCCCUUAAUUCCUUCAGCAGCUGAAAUGUUCUCUUUAACGGCCGUAGAAGAAGUCUUAGCUAGUGUAACUGAUAAGGCUAAAAUUAUCAGUCGCUGGCCAGUUGCUCAACAUCCAGAAACAAAAGCACUAGUACGUUUAGCUAAGCAAUUAAAAACACCAGCCGAAUGCAAUCGCAUGCACCGGCACUUACAAGUCUUAGAUAGUACAGCUACUGAACAGGAAAGGAAGUUAGCUUUAUUUAUAGCCCAGCAAGUAAGUGAUAUUAGAGAUGAGUUAAGUGGUGAUGAGUUAAGUAAUGUUAGAGAUGGUGAUGUUAGAGAUAGCUUAAAUAAUGGUGAUAAUAGAGAUAGUGAUAACUUAAGUGAUAACUUAAGUGGAGAUAAAAUAUCUAUAAAAGUGCUGGGAGAUAGUCCUUGGCUCAGAAGAUUGGCUAUUGAUAUUGGUAUGAAUGUUUCAAGUAUUGUUUUGGGUGGGGGAACGGGUGCUAGUACAAUUCCUGCUAGUCAUGUGGCUGGAACUGAUCUUUAUCUUUUACAAGCUCUGAAACCUCGAGGUCUGACUUAUCAAGUCGUACUUAAUCCGUUGGAAACUCAGAAACAGAUCUUGCAAAAACUAGCUGGCAGUGGUUUAGUUGGUUUGGAUAAGUUGAUUGAAGAGUUCUUAAUGGAGUACCGAAUGGAUAUAGAAAUGGGUGUAGAAAGAGGAUUGUGUGGUUUUGCAGAAGAAACAGUUAGGGCUUCUUUGUUUGUGAAGGUUUUGGAUCUGGCUAGUCUUAAUUGUGAUAGGCUUUGGGUGAAGGCUUUUUGGUUGACACGUGGAUGGUUUAGACAUACACUUUUGGAUGCUAAAGAGAAUAAAGUAUCUAAUGGACCGGCUGAUCCAGGAGUAUCUCAAUCAGCUGAGGAAACAAGUACAAGUACGCCUUUAAUGGCUUUUACAGGUCGUGGGCAUAAGCUUAAGUCUUAUUUGCGCAAACGAGAUAGUGUUUUUGUUCCAGAAGAUCUUUUAGAUCGAACUGAUCGGGCUAAAGAUCUUUCUUUGGCUUUAGCUCUCUUUCUUAAACAUCCCGUUAGUAGUUUGGGUCGGAUCUUACGAUCGGGUCAGAGUUUGCCUAGUUUAGUGCCUUUCCAGGACCGAUUGAAACCGGAUCGAGUGGCUAAGAUUUGGCAGUUGGCUUUGGAUGUAGCUGAGGCCCGAAUUUGGCUCUACCAGUCUACUGAGUACUUGGCUUUGAAGAAAGACUUGCUGGAGUACUUGAAAUCGGGUGGAGACGUAUGUAGUCUUGAUUGUAGUAUGAAUGCUAGUUUAGCGCAAAUUAAGACGCAAAUCCGGCAGACACCUGUGCCGUAUGCUAAAUGGACUUUGCCUUUGGAAGAACCGGCUAUUGAGAACAAGAUCUUACGUGAGGCUUAUUUACAAUGUGUGCAUCGCUUACAGGGGACUUUAGAGUACCCGCGUUUAGUGAUUACUCCUCGGGAAGAGUUUAGAUGGGUGACUGGCCUAUCAGAAGAGAGUCUUUUGGCUUUAGAAACAAGUUGGACCUUAUCAGCUGGAGCGGAAAUAUCUCUACCGGGCUUAGUGGUGGAAGGAGCGGUGGCUUAUAUAGGAACGGAUACUCAAGUUCAGCUAAGUACGGGAUCACGUGCAUCUUUGCGGUCGGCAGGCAGUAAUUUAGUAGUUGGACAGCGGCUUAAGUUGCAGGUGGUUGAAACUGAUUUAGUUCAUCAGAAGAUCAUUGUGCAGGAGCAGCAAUCAGCUGGUGGUCCGAGUUUAAGGGCCCAAAGUCAUUGGCGAGUUAAGAAUGUUGGGGCUAAAGGUGUUUUACGACUACUUAAGGAUAAGUCUUUUGGUGAUUAUGUUUUACGUAUCUCUACUUCUUAUCAAAACUCACUUAUUUUAACUGUUCGUUUAACAGAGCGUAUGGAAGAGUGUCUUUGUGGUUACAUUCAUCUUAAGGAACUACCAAAUGGUUAUGAGGUAGAAGGUCGGAAAUGGGACUCAAUUGAUACGAUUUUAAAUCAGUACUUACCUAAUUAUCUUAAGUCACUUAAACGGGUACUAAGUCAUCGACAGUUUUCUAUUGAUUCACCCGAGCAGUUGCUUAAUGAGGCCAAAACUUUAGCCACUACUAAGUCCAGCACUAAUUCAACACAGUUCAUGGCUUUUGCCCUAUCACGCAGUCAGCCCGGCAUGGUAUCUUUUGUUUAUAUACCUUCUGGCCAUGUCCCGGUCGCACUAACUCUUUAUCCCGUUGAAAAUGGCAUGGUCUUCCAAGGCCGUCUCUUCACGCGCCCAGAUGAAUUCAUCCAGUAUGUCCAAGCCAUGCGUCCUCUACCCGCCACCACCAACUCUAAAUAA